UCACAUGACUGUGAGAAAUAAAGGGAAAUAAGAAUUACUUUAAUUUUUCUUAUUGCCUCCCUUGGAAGUCUGUACCAAGCAUGGCGUCGAAAAAGCAAGUCCAGAAUCUUCCCCUUCAUGAAAUGGAUACAAAUUUGAUGUUUGAAAAAUUCACAAUUCAAGAAAUACGUGAAAUAGAGAAGAAGAAUCGACUGGAUAUAGAACGUAAGAAGGAAGAACUGCGUGUCAUGGUUGGAGAAAGAUACAGAGAUUUAAUUGAAGCUGCUGAUACCAUCACAGACAUGAAGAAAAGUUCCCAGAAUGUAAUGAACUCAAUCUCAAAAAUUGAAGAACUCUGCAAACAAUUAAAACAGAACCAUCUUGCAAAAGGAACUUCUUACAUCCAUCGACCUUUAGCUGACAAAAGCAGAAAACAAACAGAAAACCACUUCUACAGUGUAGCUUCACAAAUCAAGUUGCUUCUUGAUAUGCCUGAAAAGGUUUGUACGAUUCUAAUGCUUUUAUUCUUUUUCUUUUACUUGUUUCAGUCAUUUGACUGUGGCCAUGCUGGAGCACCACCUUGAAGGAGUUUAAGUUGA